CACACGACGAUGAGUCGCCGAAACCGCCCGGCCCGACUUUAAGACUAGACCAGACCAUGCCUUGCCUUGACUUGACUUAUUAUGUCCCAUCUUCUUGGGGCAGAACAGAUACAGCUAACGUCACCGUUGCUUGUAUCCCAGGUUACUCUUACCUUAUCCAGCCUGUAGAAUCGCUUCUUUCCCCUUCGCUUCUCCCUCUUAGUCCCGCUCAACCUUAACCAUUCAUCCCUCCUCCGCCGUAGCUUUACAACCUUUCUCUUCUUUCAUCUCUCAAACUCAACAGCUCUUUGCUUCGCGCAGCUUGUAUAGCCCAGCUAUAUCAUUCUUCUAUUCUAUCCCAUCACUUUCCGCCUCAUCUUAAUCACGGAAUACGCGCGCGCAUUACUCCAUAGUAUAACCUCCUCGCGAGAGAGAGACGGCGAUCACCUUGCUCCGACAAGACAGCCCCAAAGGAGACGCCAGCUGACACCUCCUCGUCCACGAUUCUCCUCACCUUGGUUCUCUAUCCCUCUCCCGAGCCUGAUUCUCAGAUCGCACCUUGACCGGGAAAAUGGCAACCACCAGCGAAAACACUGGCGCGCCCAACUUGCGCCGCCGCGAGUCCUUGUCCGAGAUUCGAGCUGCCAACCCUGAUUUGGCUCUGAGCGGUAACAUUAUCUCGGCUACCUUCAACACACCGCAUUCUUUCGUCUAUCGAAAAGGCGGUGAUUGGGUAUGUAACUAACUAUUCACCUCGCUUCGCUUCGCUUCCUCAACAUUUCAUCUCGUAUCACUAUCAGUUACUGGGGUUCACUCUCUAGCUUGCAGGUUCCCCUCUUCUCCAACCAAAGCUACAGAGGAGCUCCCUCCCUGCCAGCUUCAGCUCCCCUCCCCCUCGUCACAUGAAAAUUGAGCCUCAGCUAAACUUUUGCUCUCUUCAUAGGACUUGAAAUCUCGUCGCGGUCAAUCUGCUCUCUUUGACUCCUUCGCAUACCUCUCCUCCGACGCUACUCCAUGGAAUCAUACCGUUGUCGCGUGGACCGGCGAAAUCGACGCUCCAACUGAUGACGUCGUUUCUUCGCCCGGCACGCCCGCCCCAAACACUUUUGGUGCGACAUCGCUCAACGCCCUGUCCGCACCUGUUCCCAUUGACGGCAACACGCGCCUACCAACUCCUCCCCCAGUUGAUGGCCUCUGGGUCCCCCGCGAGGACCAAGACCGCCUUGAAUACCGUUUGUCACACAACAAAACCAUCCGCACCUACCCUGUUUGGCUCUCCGAUGAAUCUGAGGCCACUUCUGAGGGUAUCCUUCUCAAGGACCAGGCCCGCUGGCGACGAUAUGCUGAGCACGAUCUCUACACCCUCCUCCACUACAAGCAACAUGAGCCGACCGACGGCCGACGCGAACGUGUUCAAUGGGCCGAUUACUAUAGGAUGAACCAGAAAUUCGCCAACAAGAUCAUCGAGAUCUACAAACCUGGCGACAUCGUCAUCAUUCAUGACUACUUCCUCAUGUUGCUUCCCAGCAUGCUGCGACAGAGAGUCCCUAACAUGUACAUCUCGUUCUUCCUGCAUUCUCCCUUCCCCAGUAGCGAGUUCCUCCGCUGUCUGCCUCGACGAAAGGAGGUUCUUGAGGGUGUUUUGGGCUCAAACCUCAUUGGCUUCCAGUCAUACAGUUACUCUCGCCAUUUUCUGAGCUGCUGCACACGAAUCCUUGGAUUCCCCUCCGAUACUCUCGGAAUUGAUGCUUAUGGAACUCGUGUCCAAGUCGGCGUCUUCCCCAUUGGCAUUGACGCUGCCAAGGUUGAAAGCCACGCAUGGACCGAUGCUGUGACCGCCAAGUAUAACGCACUGCGCGAGCUUUACCGCGGAAAGAAGAUCAUUGUCGGACGUGACCGUCUGGACAGUGUUAGAGGUGUUGCCCAGAAGCUGCAGGCUUUCGAGCGCUUCCUUGAGAUGUACCCUGAGUGGCGUGAGAAGGUUGUUCUCAUCCAGGUCACCUCGCCCACUAGCGUCGAGGCAGAGAAGGAGGAUCUUGAGGACGACACAAAGGUUGCGACCCGUGUCAAUGAGCUUGUUAUGCGCAUAAACGGCAUGUACGGAAGUCUGGGCUUUUCUCCCGUCCAGCACUACCCACAGUAUCUCAGCCAGAACGAGUACUUUGCUCUUCUGCGUGCCGGUGACAUUGGUCUCAUCACCUCCGUGCGUGACGGCAUGAACACCACAAGUCUGGAAUAUAUUAUCUGCCAAAAGGAGGGCAAUGCUCCUCUCAUUCUCUCAGAGUUCAGCGGUACCGCUGGCAGUCUCAGCGAUGCCAUCCACAUCAAUCCCUGGGAUCUCAGCGGCGUUGCUGAGAAGAUCAAUGCCGCUCUCACCAUGUCCGAAGACAAGCGACAGGAAAUGCAGUCUCGUCUCUACCGACACGUUACUGAGCACAAUGUGCAGUCCUGGAUCACUAAAUUCAUCCGCAAGGUGUACAAUGUUCUUGGCGACAGCAGUUCUGCCAACUCCACUCCUCUGCUCGACCGAGCUCUUCUUCUUACUCAAUACCGCUCAGCCAACAAACGUCUGUUCAUGUUCGACUACGACGGUACCCUCACGCCCAUCGUGCGCGAGCCUAGUGCUGCAGUGCCCUCGGAGCGUCUUAUUCACACCCUUGACCUGUUGGCUUCAGACCCCAAGAAUGCUGUGUGGAUCAUUUCGGGACGAGAUCAGGAGUUCUUGAAGCAGCACCUUGGCAACAACAGACGUCUUGGAUUCUCAGCCGAGCACGGCAGCUUUAUGAAACACCCCGGCUCAGAUGAGUGGGAGAAUCUUGCAGAGAAGUUCGAUAUGGGAUGGCAGGCUGAGGUGAUGGAGGUCUUCCAGAAAUACACCGACAGGGUUCAAGGUUCUUUUAUCGAGAGAAAGCGAUGUGCUUUGACCUGGCAUUAUAGAUUGGCCGACCCCGAGCAAGGCAUUCACAUGUCACGAGAGUGCCAUAAGGAGCUCGAAUCGACAGUUGGCGCGAAAUGGGAUGUCGAGGUGAUGCCUGGCAAGGCCAACAUCGAAGUCCGCCCCACGUUUAUCAACAAGGGCGAGAUCGCCAAGCGCCUCAUUACCAUGUACCACACACCUGGCGCCGAAUCUGAGGAUAAGUCUGGGCACCUCGAGUUCGCGCUGUGCAUGGGUGACGACUUCACGGAUGAGGACAUGUUCCGAAGCCUUAAUGCCGCUUCAGGGCCUGUGCUGGAUGCCAACCACGUCUUUACAGUCACCGUCGGAGCGAGCACAAAGGUCACAUUGGCCAAGUCGCAUCUCCUGGAACCAGAGGAUGUGAUCGAGUGCGUGGCUCUCCUCGCUGGUGUCCAGGAUGUAGGAGAACGUCUCGGCGAGGUGAAUCUGGGGGCGCUGAGUGCUGUCGAGGGACAUAUUCCCAAUGAUGAGCGGUAAUGACCGAACAAGUAGUGUUUUUUCCAGGCGUUUUUGGACAAGACGAAGACAAGAUAGACAGGUGGUGGGCGUAUGGAAUGGAUAGUGAUGAAAGACACGGGAGGGUAGUAUACAGAAAAUGGGAGGACAGCGUGGAGAUGUGUACGAAAGACACAGUUCUCAGCGUUCAUGAUGUUAGCUGUCGUACAUGCCAAUGAUAAUGAGUUGAAAGCCAGACAAGCCUGUGGGUUGCAG